AUGGCUUCCAACUCCAAAAGCCCCAAAAGCCCACAGAACAGAGGAUUAACAAGGGUGCCGAUAUCGAUGUUGCUCAGCAAUGAGGAGCAAACAGCAAUCGGUAUCCUUCCUGCCUCGCACUGGGAACAGCAGUUGACGCAAGAGGAUCCCGAUGAAAGAAUAACUGAAAGGGCCAAGACCGUCUCGCUCACAGAGUCCAUUUUCGAGUAUCGCCAGUUCCAUGGAAGAACAUAUCAUAGCGUUAUCGGUCGGGCGGAAUCAUGGGAACCCAAUGAUGAGCGUCAUAUCGAUGCAAUGGAGAUUGCCCACCACGGUUAUAUGGUGCUUAUGGGACACAAGUUGUAUCGCGCUCCACUUGACAAGCAGAGGGUGCGAAAGGUGUUGGACGUUGGGACAGGAACCGGCCUGUGGGCAAUUGACUUUGCCGACGAAUUUCUCAAAGCCGACGUCGUCGGUACAGACAUUACCCCUAUUCAACCUUGCUGGGUGCCCGCCAAUGUCAAGUUCGAACUUGAUGAUUGCAACUUGGAAUGGACCUGGCCUGACAACACCUUUGACUUCGUCCAUGGGCGUAUGCUAAUCGGGAUUAUCGAAGACUGGUACGAGUUUCAUCGUCAGGCCUUCCGUACCUGUAAACCGGGCGGCUACGUCGAAACUUUUGUCGCUAGCACUUCUUUCCAUUGUGACGACGGUACAGUAAAAGAGGACAGUGCCAUGUCGCAAUGGGGCAAGGUGUGGCGUGAAGGCGGUAGAAAGCUCGGCCGAACUUUUGAGGCUUACGAGAACGACCUCCAACGCAAGGCUAUGGAAGCCGCUGGCUUUGUGGAUAUUGAGUAUAAAGACUACUUUGUUCCGAUGGGCGGCUGGGGUGAUGAUAAAGAGGCGGCUGAGAAAGGUCUUUGGUGCAAGAUAACCGUCGAGGCGGACCUUGAAGGAUACACCAAUUAUAUUUUCAACGUUAUUGUAGGGUGGACUCCAGAGGAGACCAACGCGUAUACCGACCAACUGAAGAAAGAGUGGAGCAAUCCCAACAUUCACGGGUACUUCUGGGCACGCAGUGCCUGGGGCAGGAAGCCAUAA